AUGGUGGUGGAGAUCCGACCGCUUGGAAAGGGAACACGGCGAGACAGCUCGGGCAAAGGUAGAGGGCAAGGGGAACGAGGUUACCGCACGGGGACGGGGGACGACACUGUUCACGUCUUUCUCAGCCAUCGGAACAAAAAUUUUUUAACUUCGGACAGCUUAAUCGUUGCCCUUUCUGCAACGUACUUAUUUGCAGAGUUUGACGACGCAGCUAAUUUGCUUGCGGCAAACCCUAAUGCUACCACAAUAAGCAUCGAUGAGCCAGCCGAAAUCCCCAAGAACAAGCAUGGCCGUCUGCAACAAUCGGGGAGAGAAGAGGAUGAUGAAUUAUUGGGGACCGAUGACUCCGAUAAAACAGAGCUGCUUGCCGGACAGAAGAAAAGUGCCCCUUUCUGGACAUUUGAGUACUACCAGACGUUCUUCGAUGUGGACACCUACCAGGUCCUGGACAGAAUCAAAGGUUCGGUUUUCCCAGUACCGGGGAAGAACUUUGUAAGGCUGUAUAUCCGCAGCAAUCCUGACCUUUAUGGUCCCUUUUGGAUAUGUGCCACACUAGUCUUUGCCAUUGCUGUUAGUGGCAAUCUUUCAAAUUUCUUCAUCCAUCUGGGCAAGCCAACAUAUCACUAUGUGCCCGAGUUCCGAAAAGUGUCCAUAGCAGCGACAACGAUUUAUGCUUAUGCUUGGCUUGUUCCCCUUGCUCUCUGGGGAUUCCUGAUGUGGAGGAACAGUAAAGUUAUGAACAUUGUCUCCUACUCGUUCCUGGAGAUAGUCUGUGUUUAUGGCUACUCCCUCUUCAUUUAUAUUCCCACAGCGAUUUUAUGGAUCAUUCCACAAAAAGUGGUGCGCUGGGUCCUGGUGAUGUUCUCUCUGUGCCUUUCGGGGUCUGUUCUGGUGAUGACCUUUUGGCCCGCUGUCAGAGAUGAUAACCGGAGGAUUGCGCUGGCAACUGUUGGGACCAUUGUUCUGCUUCAUGCCCUGCUGGCUGUUGGCUGCUUGGCAUACUUUUUUGAUGUCCCUGAACCAGAUUUUCCUGCACCUAUUAUCCCUGCUCACAAUGGAACAACAGUAAUAACAAAGAUUCAGUAAAUACGACUACAAUGCCUGAUUCUCCAUCUGUACAGUAAUAUUAUUUUAGAUAAUUUUUUCACUGAAGGACUUGAAAAUUGUAACAACAGGGGCAUUUUCUGUAUAAGAAGGGACAGGGAUGUGCCAUGAACUUACGGACAUCUACAUGCUUGCUGGAGACUAACUGGUUACACAAGCAGACUGUGUGAACUGUUGAUGUUAUUCCUGUACAGUGUUUUUUUUUUUUUUUGGUAAUUGUUCGUGUCUGCACUCACCACACUUUUGUCUCUAAAUAAAAUGUUCUAAAACAGGAAACACA